GCUCUGUAACCGGCUUCCACUCGAGUUUCAGGCCUGGUAGAGAGAGGAUACACUCCACGGCAGCGAACUUCAUUGUGAAAGAGAACUCCUUCCCUUUUUUCUUUUUUUAAAUCCCAGCUUUUGGGUUUAAUGGACAAACUCUUUGUAAAUGCUUUUUAAGAAUCCUCACUCUAGGAAAUCGCACACUGGCUACUCUUCAGGCCCUGGCCUUGAGUCAUAUUUAAAGGGGUUUAAUUUCACUGGUGAACCACCUUGGCUUCUCUGCACCUGAGAAAAGGCGACUCCAAAUUUCAUCUCUUUCAUAUCCAAUUUACUUGUGACCAAUCAAAAGGAACUUUUGUGACCAUGAACACUACCGCAUCCUCAGAGUUUGACUUCUCUUUCCUUGAGGAGGGUUUCUCUGCUCGGGACAUUGUUGAGCAGAAGAUCAAUGAGUCAUCCAUGACGGAUGACAGGGAUGCCUUCUAUGUCUGUGACCUGGGAGACGUUGUAAAGAAGCACUUGCGCUGGGCAAGGGCACUGCCUCGCAUCACUCCUUUCUAUGCUGUCAAAUGCAACGACAGCCGGGCUGUAGUUAUGACGCUGGCAUCCCUGGGAACUGGCUUUGACUGUGCAAGCAAGACGGAGAUUCAGCUGGUCCAGUCUCUGGGAGUGGAUCCAAGCAGAAUCAUCUAUGCCAACCCCUGCAAGCAAGUUUCUCAGAUAAAGUAUGCAUCUGCAAAUGGGGUCCAGAUGAUGACCUUUGAUAGCGAAGUGGAGCUGAAGAAAGUGGCCCGCUGCCAUGACAAGGCCAAGCUGGUGCUGCGUAUUGCCACGGAUGACUCGAAGGCAGUGUGUCGUCUGAGCGUUAAGUUUGGGGCUCCACUCAAAGCUUGUCGAGGUCUCCUGGAGCAGGCUAAGCAACUGGGACUGGACGUGAUUGGUGUCAGCUUCCAUGUUGGCAGCGGCUGCACUGACCCUGAGACGUACACCCAGGCUAUUGCAGAUGCUCGCUGUGUCUUUGAUAUUGGGGAUGAGCUGGGCUUCAAUAUGGAUCUCUUGGACAUCGGAGGUGGUUUUCCUGGUUCAGAAGACACUGAACUUAAGUUCGAAGAGAUCACAGCAGUAAUCAACCCAGCCCUUGAUAAGUAUUUCCCUGCUGAUGCUGGCGUGAAGAUAAUUGCUGAGCCAGGACGCUUCUAUGUGGCCUCUGCUUAUACGCUGGUUGUGAACAUCAUUGCCAAGAAGGUCAUCAUGGAUGACGAGUCGGCCUCUGAUGAGGAAGACGAAGUAGUUAGUGACAGGACCCUGAUGUACUAUGUCAACGAUGGAGUGUAUGGAUCCUUCAACUGCAUUCUCUAUGACCAUGCUCACUGUUUGCCAACGCUGCACAAGAAGCCAAAGCCAGAUGAGGUCAUGUAUCCCUGCAGUAUCUGGGGUCCAACAUGUGAUGGACUGGACCGCAUUGUGGAGCAGUGUAACCUGCCUGAGCUGCAGGAGGGCGACUGGUUGGUUUUUGAGAACAUGGGUGCCUACACCGUGGCUGCCUCCUCCACGUUCAACGGCUUCCAAAGACCUGAUAUUCACUAUGUCAUGUCCCGCCCGGCAUGGCAACAAGUGCAGCAGAUCUAUUCCCAGGGCAUGCCAGCCCUUGCAGAGGCAUCUAGCCUCUUUGAAGUGCCAGCCUGCUGUGGCCGUGAGAGCAGCUUGGACAUGCCCACCAAGCCCUGCCAGGCCCAUGUGGUUUAAACAUGUAGUACAAUGCAUCAAUGCUCUUCAGUUCUAGCGUACUGGAGAAGGCUCUCUUCAAGUUUAUUUUUAGUUUAUUUUCUUCUCAAAAUGUACGUUACAUUUUCAAGGCCAGUUACUUGACCGGAGAAUGAGAGGGACAUGAUGUUGCACAACUUUCUGUGUUCUGUAUGGAAGCCGGCAUCUACCCCUAAUGAAGCGAGGCUAAAUCACACUCUGAACGUGUCUGUGGGUUUCAGGCAGAGUGUUACAGGGUGACUCUGUUUAAAAUAGUAGCUGCAAUCUUUCUGCCUUAAUAUUGGGACAUGGCUUAUCACUGGAAAUUUUUUUUGCUAAACUGGACUAGUGUAGGGGAAACCAUAACCUUUCAAAACACAUCCCAAAAUGUCACUGAAGGUUUCCUGUCUCCAAAGAGACAGGAACUGAAACGGUGGCAGAGGUGACUCUUAAUUUAAUAAACAACCAAUACCUGCAGAUUCAUUACCUAAAGGAAACCGCAAGAGGAGUCAGUUUAUUGUUGAAUCAUUCAAGGCCCUGUUAACUGCUCAUGUCACAUCACCGAGUAACUUGCAAAGAGGUGGAUGGGGGGGGUGAUUUAAUUCCUCAAAAUGGCUGCUAUGUUAAUUUAUCUUUUCCAUGAGCUCUGCUUCUCUACAGAACCUCUCAAGUGUUAAUCCUUAAGAUGCUAACAUGUCAAGAAACAUAUUUAUUGACUAAUAUUCAUGUAAUUGUUAUUAUUCAGCGACUUUGUUCUGUCAAAGUGUCUCUGUCUAUGGAUGUGACCUCCUGUGUAACCAUACUCUGCAUGGGAACGCACCAUGCAGGUCUGUUAUCCAGACUUUACAGGAGCCACUGAAGACAAAUCUUAAAGAUUAACACUUAAAACACAGGGACUCAAAAACAGACUGCACCUCUCCUCUUCUCCUAUCUUAUUUUAUUUUAUGUUUUGUAACUUGUAGAAUGCAAAGUUUUUGUGAUAUUAAUAAGCAGUGUUUAAUCAUACAUUUGAAAUGGAUAUGGAAGAGAUGGGAUUGCAAAUUCAUAAUGCUUUCCUAUGGAAACUUUUAAAGUUUUGUAUUUUUUUAAUAAAGAAAAGUUAAGGUGCCGAGCCAAA